AUGGCGCAAAAGAAGUCCACGAAGAAGUUCGAGCGCGAGCAUCUGAAGGACACACUCGAACGCCGUAAAGGUCUCAAGAAAACGAAGCAGCAGCAACAACUCAAGGCGAAGAAAAAGUCUCGACGAGCAGAAGAGGAAGGGAAAGAUGGGAAGGAUGCGGAUAAUGAUGCGGUUGCAGCCAGCGCUGGGAGGCAAGAAGCCGCAAGCAAGAUCAAGGAUAUGAGCAUGGAUGAUUUCUUCCAGGGCGGCUUCGAUGUGCCAGAGCUAUCGGGCAAGAAGGGAAGCAAGAGGAAGCGGGUCGAGGUUCAAGAGGAGGAAGAUGAUUCAGCGUCGGAUGUGUCUUUCGAACAAGAACCUGUUGCCGCCGGUAGCGAUACGGACUCGGACUCUGGCAGCGAUGAAGGAGACUUCAAGGAACAGCUGGAUGCUUUGGCAGAGAAGGACCCGGAACUUCACAAGAUGCUGCGAAAGGACGAGCCGGAAUUGUUUGACGACCUGGACGAUUUGCAAAUCAGUGGAGACGAGAGCGACGAACCGCAGCGCAAGAAGCAGAGACAGGACGAUUCGGACGAUGAGAUGGGAGGCUCUGGCAAGAUUGAAUUGGACAAAGCUACCAUCAAGAAGUGGUCAAAGAGUCUGACUGAACAACAUUCUCUCCGCGCUGCAAAAGAGGUUGUUAUUGCCUUCCGAUCUGCCGCGCAGGUGUCUUCGGCCGAAGCAGAGGAGAAGGACUUCAAAUACUCUGUCUCGAAUCCGGAAGUCUACCAUCUGUUGCUCACCACAGCAUUGAAGCAAAUCCCGGACAUCUUCGAGCAUCACCUCCCGGUACAGGAAACCAAAGGCGGAAAGGUACACGUGCCCACCGAGUCGAAAAAGUUCAAGUCGCUUGCGCCUCUGCUGAGGUCUCAAGUUUCAGGGAUCUUGCAUCUUCUCGACCAUCUGUCGGAUCCGGCGACUUUACGAUUGACAUUGGCCUCUACUCUCCCACUUCUGCCAUACUUGCUGUCGUUCAAGAAGCUCGUCCGCGAUGUUGCAAAGGCGGUCACAGGAGUCUGGUCAUCAUCCUCAAAUACAGAGAGCGCUCGUAUCGCAGCCUUCCUCGUCAUGCGGAAAUUGGUCGUGAUAGGCGAUGCAAGCAUUCGUGAGAACGCGUUCAAAGCUAUCUACCAAGCGCUGGUCAAGAGCAGUCGCAACACCACUGGCCACACGAUGCCGGGAGUGAACUUGAUGAAGAACUCGGCUGCAGAACUUUGGGGCAUCCCUGGAGGCGACGGCGGAGUAGCGUAUACUACUGCUUUCUCGUUCAUCCGCAGUCUGGCGAUCCAUUUGCGUGGCAGCAUUACCAACAACUCAGGUGAGAGCUACAAGACGAUCUACAACUGGCAAUACGUUCACAGUCUGGACUUCUGGAGCAGAGUGUUGGCGGCACAUUGUACGGAGCCCACAUCGCCUCUGCGACCACUCAUCUACCCGUUGGUCCAGGUCACUCUCGGAGCACUGCGACUCAUCCCGACUGCCACCUACUUCCCUCUGCGUUUCCAGCUCGUCCGCUCGCUCCUCCGUAUAAGUCUGGCGACCGGAACGUACAUUCCUCUUGCUGCGCCAUUGUACGAAGUCUUCAACAGCGCCGAGAUGAGAAGAGCACCCAAGCCUGGCACCCUGAAGCCUCUCGACUUCAGCGUCGCCAUUCGCGCGCCCAAGUCCUACCUCCGCACACGUGUCUACCAGGAUGGCGUCGCUGAGCAAGCUCAGGAACUCCUUUCAGAGUUCUUCGUGCUCUGGGCGAAGAACAUCGCUUUCCCAGAGCUCGCACUUCCCGUAGUGGUGAUGCUGAAGCGCUGGCUGAAGGAGGUCAACCAGCGUGGCGCAGCAAAGGGAGGCAACAAGAACCAAAAGGUCAACACUAUGAUGCAAUUGUUGGUUCAGAAGCUCGAGGCGAAUUCGCGUUGGAUCGAGGAGAGAAGAGCGAAGGUCGAGUUUGCGCCGAACGAUCGCAGAGGCGUGGAGAAGUUCUUAGCGGAGACUUCGUGGGACAAGACGCCUCUCGGUGCGUAUGUGGUUGGCCAGAGGAAGACGAGAGAAGAGAAGGCAAGGAUAGUUGAGGAGAGCCGAAAGGAGGAGGAGAGGAGGAGGCAGAAGGAAAAAGACACUCGAGGUGGAGAUCAGGUGGAUGAGGACGAAUCUGAGAGCGAGGAGGAAGACGAGGACGAGAUGGAGAUUGACGGCGAGGACGGCAACGAGGAAGAUGAGAGCGAGUAAGCUGUGAUCACAUGCGAAUACAGGUUCCGACUCGGCCAUCCAAGCUCUAGCACUGUCACUUUCGCGCGUUCUUUGCAGUCGCCAUUGCACGGACCAUGCAAGCUCAUGUGUUAAUAUAACCUCGUCGAGUGUG